GGGCCUUUUGAGGGGAGUGGACCUCUCAGUUCUGAGAGCCAGCCAACCCCAGCCAUUGCCCCUUCUUCUCUCCAUACCCUCUCACAAACCCAGCAAAUUUUCAUAUAAUUCUCUCUCUAAAACUCCCUCUCUCUCUCAAAUUGAGAACACACAAUUAAAUCAGAUUUUUAGAGAGAAUAAAUCAGAUUUUUAGAGAGAGGGGGAGAGAGGAGUCUCUCCCUUUUCUGUGUGAGUCUAUGGCCAUGGGUGAUAGGAUUGCUCCUGGUACUUACUUUCAGUACUCAAAUUCAGGAGUCCAAUCAUCACCCUAUAAUACAAUGAGACCUUCUUCUGCUUCUUUAGAUCUAGAAAGUAGCAGAUAUUUGGCCGAGUUGUUGGCAGAGAGGCAAAAAUUGGGGCCUUUUAUGCAAGUUUUACCCAUCUGCAGUCGCCUUCUUAAUCAAGAAAUUGUACGUGCUUCUGGGUUGGCACCUCAUCAGGCUUUUGUGGAUCAUGAGAGAAUUGAGCAGGGAAGCCCCCUAAGAUCAGCUGCUCUUCUCUCAAAUGGUGGACCCAUGGAUUUAGAGGGGUGGUCAGGGAUGCAAACCGAGGACAAUGGUCACCUUCAGAGGAUGAGCAUGUUGCAAGCAUCUUCAAUGGGUUGGCAUGGAGCACCUGGGGUCCCUAGCAGCCCAAUUAUUAAGAAAGUCGUGCGACUUGAUGUUCCUGUUGAUAAGUAUCCCACUUAUAACUUUGUGGGUCGGCUCCUUGGGCCACGGGGAAACUCUUUGAAAAGAGUUGAAGCUACUACGCAGUGUAGGGUGUACAUAAGAGGACGAGGAUCGGUGAAGGAUUCUGUUAAGGAAGAAAAACUCAGAGAUAAACCAGGAUACGAACACCUAAAUGAGCAACUACAUGUGCUUGUGGAGGCUGAAUUACCUGCCAACAUAAUUGAUGCACGAAUGAAUGAGGCCGUUGGGAUUUUGGAAGACCUUCUAAAACCAGUGGAUGAAUCUUUAGAUUACUACAAGAAACAACAGCUUAGGGAGUUAGCUCUCCUUAAUGGAACUCUAAGGGAGGAGAGCCCCCGCAUGAGCCCAAGCCUCUCCCCUUUCAACACCACAGGGAUGAAGCGUGCAAAGACCGGUCGAUAGCCAGUACACCAUUUGAUACCAGCAGUUUGACGCUAGAAAGAAAGUUGAUUAAUGGGUUGCUUAAACAAUAUGAUGGAGAUCUUAGCAUUUACAGAAUACCAUUAAGAUCUUAUUCAACAUAGCCCCAUACCAGAAAAAUAAACAAAUCUAUUAGGAUUACGGAUAUUACGGAUAUCGGGCAACGUAAGAGGGCUACAAAUGUUAUGUUCGGCUUCUCAUUGGUAGUUGGUGUUCAAGAGCUCAAACCUUGAGAUCAUUAGAGUCAAUCUGGGCAAGUUAAUUUUUAUGAGCCAAGACUAUUUUGUUGAAAAUCAAUACAUUCCCAAGUAAUAUUGGUUUUUUAGAUUUUUGAUAGGGACCUUGUUGAUCAUCAUCAGCUUUUCUUCAGGGGUUCGGCUAGACAAAUCUUGUAUGCUAUUUUGCUCUAUCAAGGGCCAUAUCUUUAGUAAGGCUAUAAAUCCUUAUUUCUUUUCU